UGACAAGAAAGUCUGAGUCCUUGGAAGUAAAAUAUAAAGAAAUGAGCGUAGCUCAAGACUCAAUAAUAUGUUAAAUAGCCCAGGAGAAGUCAGUGAAAAAAAUCUACAGCACAACACGUUCCUGCCUCAUACACAGUGUUUUAUUGUUUUCAUUUUGUCUGAGAGGCCCCUCAUUAGAUACCCAUCAGCGACUGAGGCUGCUGCAUCAUUGCGAACACUUAUUUGAUUACAAACCAGUGAAAACUAGUUUCUGCGUGCUCGCCAGCUGUGAAUGCCUAGUGAGUAAAGUAACAGUUGUGUUUGUAUGCCAGUACAUUGGCAUAUUAGCAGAGACAAAUUGACUGUAAAUAUUUUGAAUCUGUGACGGAGACUUGUGAUUUAUGGGGAGGGAAAAGAGCUGGGAAUGAGACAUCUGCCCGAAACUUGAUCCAAAAUUUGGGCAGUGCAGAUGUAACAGGUUCUGUAGAAGAGGAUUUAAUUUUGUUUCCAUACAGCAUCCCUAUCCAAGAUGCUUUUAAGUAUAGCAUUCCAGUCCAUUUUAGUCACACACACUUUCUCCAUACAUGUACUCCAUUUUUCUCUGUUCCACCUCAUAUUUAUUCUCUGCACAGUAACAUUUCAGAAUACUGAAUCUAAAGGUUUUUUUCAGUUGAAAGUAAACAAAAAACCACAAAGAAAUCAAUUGCCCACUGUAAGAUUAUGAAAGCAUGAAAAUAACGUGGUAAACUCCCCCACGCAGCGUGUACUCCACAGUGUAGCCCACACGGCAACGCGGCCCUCUCGCGAAAACAUUUCAGGAGCAGUAGCAAAAUGCUCCAAACGUUAAUGUGUCACAAAAGCCGCACAAUGAUUCAAUAUCAUUUUCCAAAUGAAUUUCCCUGGUUGGUAAUAGAAUGGGCCACACACACUUUAUAACCAUAUUCAUCAGUUUUCCACGGUUCAGUUAGGUUUCUGUGUAAAUUAGGGCCAGCAGCAAACGUGGAGCGUUUUUGGAGGGGAAAAAAAUGUAAUAUUGCAGGAAGAUAAAUAGGCUUGUUCUUCAAAAUAUCAGAGACGGUGAAAGAGCUGCAGUUGCAAUCUGAAUCUCGUGUCCUGAAGCCAAAAGUUCUCAAUAAAACACUUUUACACUGCAAAAGCACCGCUAUGAUUAAAGGCUGUAGGAGGCUGAAAAUUACAUUUAAAACGUGCUGUGGAUAUGCAAGACACCUAACACAUGCACACAGUUUUGUCGUUUUUGAACUCUGCUAUAUCCUAAUCAGAUGACACGUUUUAUUUAUUUAUUGUCAUGUAUGUUAUGUACUAUAAACAGCAGAUAAGAUGAAACUGCUUCAAAGCUGUUAGCACUUGACUGAGAGGAACUUCAUGAAGCCGCCACAGUCGCUUUUUAGACACGAAAGAAGAAGUAAAUUACAAACGAGACCCGUAGAGAGUUGCAUGCCUGUGUACAUGUGGGAGUAGUAAGGGUGGUAACACUGAGCUUGAGCUGUUUAAAGAUAAAGGAAGUAACAGCGAAGCCUGCAGAGUGCAUGCACAUGUGUAAAUCAACCAACAAUGCAACUUAGAUUAUUAGAAGCCAGCAGUCAUUAAACAGCAUCAGAAUACAAACAAAUCAUCCAGUCAUGGUGAGGUCACACUUGAGCCACAUAGAGAGAGAAGGUAGUCAUUAUUUGUGUUUUAUUUACAUCACGGAGGCUGCCUUUGGCGGAAACCUGAACACUUGAGAGAUAUAGCGAGGCGCACAGAAUCUAAAAAUACCACGGCUGAGGGAGCAGGGCUUAAGAAGAAGAAUAAGAAGCAGUGGCUGUCUCUACUGUCAGCCCUGCCUCUUGGUGUUCAGGCUGUGUGUUGCUGUCUCAGAAUGAAAUAUUAGGCCUUUAUAAGCAAACGGAAACAAAUCCAUGUGAGACCAGACGGCUAAUUUAACGUGACAGAUGAAACAGGGAGGGUUUUACAUCAGAUAUAUUGAAUGUUUGAUCUGUUUAGCUAGUCAGUGUGAUGUAAAGUGUGCGAAACGGCCAUAAUGAGAUCGUGGAUGGAUUCUUUGAGCUCUAAUCAAAAUAACAGAGGAGGGGGGGGGGAUCAUUUGUGCUUUGAGUUUUAUUCAUGGCUGAAAAAUGUCACCAGUGCUUUGUUAUGACGAACUAAAAUGCAGCUUUUUUUUAAAUAUCUGUAGUGUCUCGGAGUAGAUGAAACGGUUAUUUUCAUAAAGGUAACACAGACUUUGACAUCAAAUAGGAAUACUGCACUUCAGUUUUACAUUAUGUGGCAUCUCCAGCACUGCCGUUAAGGUCGUGCCCUGUAGCCAUGCCCCUGUUCUCCUGUCAUCUCUCUCCAAGAAAAGCUGGAACACAAGGAUGAAAACGUUUCCCACCCACACGUUCUGCAUCUCGCUGCCACUCCUGCAUUCUCUUCAUGUCCUCCUGUGUAUCACUCUGCUUUUCUAGCGCCUCACACUCAUGCAAACGCAUAUAUAGAAGCCUCCGAGGACCGGUGCAUAAACGAUGGCUCCAGUCCCAGGCAGGCCUCACAGGCAAGCUGGCUAGCAAGUCCACAGACGCCUUCAUCCGUUUACCCGUUCAUCUGUCCAUUUUAGGCUUCAAACCUAACCCCCUCUUCACUGGCAAAGCCCAAAGGCAGCACCUGAUGUGUGAAGCGCACACCAAAGUGUAAAUGAGUGCCUCAGCCGGGACUUGAAUUGGCUGCUGAUGAUUUACAAAAAGACAUAUUUCCAUUUGAAAAGGUUUCUUUAAGAGUUGCUUAUCAUCGCUGCUACUGUGUUUGUGCUCCGUCUGAAUGCUCUUUUUACCUAAGGAGUCUCACCAAAGAGAAUUCUGAAAGCUCUCUGAUUAAAAAACCCUAUUUUAAAAAUGUGAGCCCAGUUUAGCACUAAGCCUCAAAACAGAUCGAGCUAACCAAGUCUGCAUGACUUGCUUUCUCGAAAUAGGGUGUGAGAAAAUGAAUGUUUGGUCACAUCUAGAGCUUGAUUUUAAUCCUAAAGACUUUAAUUGCCCUCGGUGGCACGUCGGCCUCUUUAGUUUUCACCUGCAGACACUUCUUAGCUACUUCUAGCUGCUAAAAAAAAAAGGGGCACAAAAAUAGUGCACUUCCAUAUUUGGGUGCACGUUUACAUGCCAUAUAAAAGAAUACCGCACACUUGUAAACAUAAUGCAAAUAAAGUGCAGACUGUGUUUUUAUCACAGUAGUGGAGUUUAUUGUCAAUAAGGAGUAGGUACAUUAAAAACACACACAUAGAGACUCACACGCACAGUCGCCCACACAAGCAUCCACACACACACAUGCGUGCAGCCACACACACCCUGACACACCAGCCCCUUUUCCUGUGGGUUCUGCUUCCUGCAUUUUGUAGAGCACGAACAGAUGUUUCUGUAGCUCUGAAAGCAGAUGAUUUGAAAUUCACACAUCGUAUUGAAUCUGAACAAGAAGACUGAGUCUCUGUGGAUUUGCUUUGCACACCGGAGAACCGAGAAAGAGAGCAAACUUUUUGGAGCACGUGAUUUAAAGUGCGCUGUUUCCUCCUGUGCAGCUGAGAAAGAGAAAGCGUGUGAGGGGAUAGUUACACUUUUCUUGGCCCUUUUUUUGUUUUUGAACGAUGAUUGUGGAAACCGAUGCGCCGUCAGUGGAGCUGGAUGCAGAGCACGCACAGAGAGUCCCCGGGGCGGAGCAAGGAGGGGGCCUGCCACCCCAGGUGAAGCUGAAAGAGAGGCAGAAGUUCUUUGAGGAGGCCUUUCAGCAGGACAUGGAGCAGUACCUGUCUACCGGCUACCUGCAGAUUGCUGAGAGGCGAGAACCAAUAGGCAGCAUGUCAUCCAUGGAGGUGAAUGUGGACAUGCUGGAGCAGAUGGAUUUGAUGGACAUGUCUGACCACGAGGCUCUGGAUGUGUUUUUGCACUCUGGAGGAGAGGACAACAGCGCUGCCUCGCCUGUUGCAGGUCCAGACGUCGAGUCCUUCACCACAGAGAUCAGCCUCCAAGUUCCCACCCAGGCUGAGCUACGACACAAGCUCUCUUCAUUAUCAUCCACCUGCACUGACUCCGCCAGCCAGGACACAGAGGCCGGGGAGGAGGACGAGGAGGAAGAGGAGGAGGAGAGUGAGCAAGGAGGAGGAGGGGGUGUUGGGGGAUCAGGAGGAGGAGGAGGAGGAAGGCGGAGAAGACCCCCUGUGGUAGUGACCCUGGAUGAAGAAGAGGUGCACCCUGACACGGUGCUGGUGGACAGGGCGGAGCGCGAAGAUCAGACCAGCAAAGACUGUGAGGAAAGCAGGCCAGAGGUUUGAGGAGAGGCGGAGUGAGACACAAGCACCCAACAGCUGCCAAAUCAAACUCAGAACCAUAUUGGCUUUGUUCUUAAUAUUCCUCUCAUAUGUCAGAGAAACAUAUGAUAGAAAGUGCAACCUCAGUGCACUAACUGCCACAUGACCUUACCUUGAGAGACGCCAGUUUUCAAUUCUAAUUGAUCUUAUAAAACUGUUUGUUUUAUUUUUCCUUUUCAGCAUAACGUCAUCGAACGGCUGAGCGGUUCUCCUGUUUCUUUGUUUCUCCUGCUGUAUGUCGAGGCCUGUUACUGAUUAACGACUGAGUAAUGAGGACAUAGAAACACACUAAAAAUCACCCACACGACCCUUCUGCUAUGCUCCAUCCUUCACUGCGCUUAUAGACUGCAGCGGUCAUGUGUUUCCCAUUAUUGCUUGUGUUGGAGAUUAAGCGUGGAGCCUAAAGUACCACAAUUGGCCAAAAUAAAGAAGCUAGCUUUUAAAAUCUAACUGCAGGUCAGAAAUGUGAAGUCAGUUUUUAAUCUGUAAAAGAAAUGUUGCCAUGCAAAUUCACCCGCCAAAGAUUUUAUACUUUAUAAAAUCCACGUGUGUAAAACCACGGGGAUAGCUUUGGUUCUGUUUGCACAGGUUUUCUCCUGUAUGUGCUCUAUGAAACUGUUCUAGGGGUUAAAGCUCUGAAAUGAGACUUUCAAUUGUGCAAUUUCUCUUCCACAAUUCAUUUUAGUGCAACAAAUGCAAAGAUGCACUACUCAAAGAAAUGAAGGGAACACUCGAUCAUCACUUGGUAUGACACAAAGUCAUUUAAACCUCAGCAUAUCAGUCUUUCCUUUCAUUUGAAGCAAUGCUGCAAGUGAGUUUUUCUCCAGUCCAGCUCCUCUAGGACUGCAAAAUGACCUCCAGCUGAGCUACUCGUGCAUGUUUCUCACCAAACUGUCAGAAACAAACUCCACGAGGGCCCGAUGUGCUUCAGUGCAGAGCCCGGCACCGUGCAGCUCAAGUAUAUCCGCCUGAGAUCUGCCAUCCUGGAGGAGCCGGACUGCUUGUGCAACCUGAACAGGCUGGAGGUACGAUCCUCAUGCUAGCAGCUGUGAUAAGGAGUAAAAAGACAAACUAGAGGAUUAGGAGGGAUAAGGAGAGAGGAUUUUUGUGGUGGUAGUCUUGUUGUUGCCUCUCUGGUAAACCCGUUAUCACUAUGAUUUGCACCAAAGCAGCUGAAAUGGAUUCACAAGGCUUUCUGCUUCCUAGCUGGACAGACUUAUAUCACUGAAGUUCAACCGACUAUGAUGCUCGAGCGUUCCCUUAAUGUUUUCUUUGAGCAGUGUACUUAUUGAUUGCUUUUUUCUGAAGAAAAAGGAUGAAUAUUUUAUCACUUUCUGAAACUAAAAAGCCAAAAGCAUUUCUUUCACUGUUUUUAAAGUCUUCUAGAUCACGUCGGAUGUAAACUAGUUCAAAAUGGUUUUGUGCCAUUACCCAGUAGAAACAAAGCUUAAUAGCAGGCAGGCACCUGACAGUGGUUUCUGAAACACAUUGUAUAGCAGACAUGUGGGUGGAGAUCGGGUACAAUGAUAACAAUGACUUACCACACACACACACACACACACACACACACACGACAGUUAACCUUUGCCAUUCCUUUGAUAUGUGAUCUCUGGGUGAACUACUUCUGUUGAACGAGGACCAAAUCCCUGCUGUGGACAGUGUGCUAUGCACCGGACAAUGUCCAGAAGACUGUACUGCAUCCAGACCUCUGUGUCUGCAGUUGUUGACAUUUGCCUAAAAUUUCUGACUUGUUGCUAAUAAACAUUUGUCUCCCGGCAUUGUUUAAUUUUCAUCCGAGUUACAGCAGUAAGAAAAGAAAAGUAAGAAGUCUUGUUUUAUAGUCCUACCAUUUAACAAUGGAAAACUAACACAGUAAGAGAAUAGACAGAGCGUUAUUAAUAAGGGGAGAAAGGAUAAUUAAAUAUUUUAUUUUGUGUGAGUUGAAUUUCUGUGUAUAUUCAUUGUUUAAAAAAAAAAAAAAAAAAGGUAACUGGAAAUUAGGGGAAAGCAAUACAAGAGCUCAAAAUGACUUUGAGGCUAAAAAUGAAUGCCUUGGUUUAUUGUGAACAGUAGAGAGUCUGUGUCGAUACACAACAGUGCGCUUUAACAGGUAACUGUGAUGCUCAUUUUGAGCCCCAUGCAGAGCGUCCAUGUGACAGAGGAGGAUGCUAGUGAUAGGGUGAGGUGGAGGCAGUUGGUGCGCUGUGGUGACCAAAAGGGAGUAGAUGAGAGGAGCAGGAUUCUGCUGGGAAAGCUUGCAAUAUGAUUCACAGUUCAGAAUAAUCCUCCUUUCUCUCAUACAGGGCCCGAUCAUGUGCCUGAAACUAGCUUUAUCUGAUUGGCUGCAUGCCACAAACAAAGUCUGGACGGGGGUGUUGAGAUGACCAUCAUACAGAGUAAAGACUGAAACUAAAAAAAAUUUAAGUGGCGAAAACAAGUUUCCAUUAAAAAAAAAUAAUUUUCCCUCAGAAUUUAAAACAAACACUGCACAUAAAGUUCAGUUUAACUUACUGAACCAAAAACCUGAAAAAAUUAAGAUGAUUUAAAAAUAUUAAAAUUUAAUUGAUUUUCUGUCAAUUACCAAUAACUGAAUAAGUUUUAGGUCACGCUCCUGGGUAGAUACUCCCAGAGGUAAGUGAGAAAAGACUGAGGUUAUUUCAACAUGCCAUCGUCCAUCCCAGGUUCAUGGGGAGGUUGGAGCCCAUCCCUGUUGUAAUGGGGUUCGAGGUGGAAUAUACGCUGGACCGACUGCCAGUCCGUCGCAGGGCUAAUGAGUCUCCACAUCCCUAAAAUAUCCAUCUAAUGUUACAACUC